AUGGAUAGAGCAUAUGGUGGAAUAUCUCAAAUUCCAAGUGCUAUGGAAAAUGAAAUUCUAGCUGAUAUGGAAAGAAAGAGAAAAGCUAGGAAGUUAGUAUUACCUACAACAAAUGAUCAAUUGGCAAAGUUAGCUAGAAAGAUGAAGGAGCCAGUAUGUUAUUUUGGAGAAAAUGAAAUGGAUAGAAGAGAAAGGUUACGAACUUUGUUAUCAUAUAAAACAGAAGAAGAAGUUCAAAAAUUAUUAAAAUCAUUAGAAGAACAAGAUCAAAAAGUAAAAGAAGAUGAUACAAAAGUUUGGUAUCAUCUUGGAGGAGUUGAUUUAAAAAGAGCUAGAGCAUUUAUUGCAGCAUAUUCAUUUUCUCGUGCAAAGAAAAGGCUUGAGGUUGCCAGGGAACGUGGUUGUAUGCCACAAAGUGAAAAAAUAUCCAGGAGACAGGAAGCUCAUGCUUGGAUAACUGCUUUAAAUAUCUAUGGGUCGCAGGUUGCUGAUGCAAGACCAGUGGCGUGCGUUGAUUUUUCUCCAGAUUCUAAACAUUUAGUUACUGCCGGAUGGAGUGGACAAGCUUGUAUAUGGCGGGUGGGUGAUUGUAAACAAGAAAUUGCUUUUAAUGGUCAUUUAUCACAAUGUGGUGUGGCAAAGUUUCAUCCCUAUGCUUAUACAGGACAAGAUGAAAACUCAUUAAAUGUUGCAACUGGUGGACAUGAUGGUACAGUCAAACUUUGGAAUAUUAAAAAUGAAACACAGAUUGGUGAAUUAGAGAAACAUGCUGCCAGAGUACCAAGAUUAUCCUUUCAUCCAUCUGGAAAAUAUAUUUUAACAGCAUGUUUUGAUGGAUCAUGGCAAAUGUUUGAUUUAGAAACACAAAAAUCAAUUUUGUAUCAGAUAGGACAUACUAAAUCUGUUUUUGACAUUAUUUCACAUCCAGAUGGAUCAUUAGCAGUAUCAGUAGGUUUAGAUUGUUUUGGUUUAGUAUGGGAUCUUCGUACAGGAAGAAAUAUUUAUACAAUGAAAGGUCACCCAAGAGAGAUAUAUGCCGUAGAUUGGCAUCCUAAUGGAUAUGAAAUAGUUACAGGAUCAGCAGAUAACACAUGUAAAAUAUGGGAUUUAAGAAUGAGAAAAAAUAUUUAUACAUUAGUUGCACAUAAUCAAAUAGUUACUAGUGCAAAAAUAGACUAUUCUGGAGAGUACCUAAUAACAAGUUCUUUCGAUAACUCAAUAAAAAUAUGGUCAACAAAAGAUUGGCAACCAUUAAAAAAAUUAGAUGGACAUGAUACUAAAAUUCUUUAUAUGGAUAUAUCACCUGAUCGUCAAUGGGUAGCUAGUUGUUCAUUUGAUAGAACAUUUAAACUAUGGACUAAAAGUGACUACUAA